GCAGUUAUUACCUUGUCCACCAAAGCUCACCCAGGCCUGCAAAGCAUAUAGACAAGAGAGAGAGAGAGAGAGAGAGAGAGAGAGGGUGGUGAUGGAGAAGGAGAGAGAGCAACAGGUGUACUUGGCAAGACUUGCUGAGCAAGCCGAGAGAUACGAUGAGAUGGUUGAAGCAAUGAAGAAAGUAGCUAAGUUGGAUGUGGAACUAACUGUUGAGGAGAGGAAUCUGGUAUCUGUUGGAUAUAAAAAUGUGAUUGGGGCAAGAAGGGCUUCAUGGCGGAUAUUGUCUUCAAUUGAACAGAAAGAGGAGGCCAAGGGGAAUGAGCAGAAUGUGAAAAGGAUAAAGGAUUACAGGCAUAGGGUAGAAGAUGAGCUUUCGAGGAUCUGCAAUGAUAUAUUGUCUGUCAUUGAUAACCAUUUAAUUCCAUCAUCCUCGACAGGAGAAUCAACUGUUUUUUACUAUAAGAUGAAAGGAGAUUACUUUCGCUAUUUGGCAGAGUUUAAAACAGGCAAUGAUCGUAAAGAAGCUGCAGAUCAGUCACUUAAGGCUUACGAGGCUGCUACAGCUACAGCAACCUCAGAUUUGCCUCCCACACAUCCUAUCAGACUUGGUCUGGCUUUGAACUUUUCUGUUUUCUACUAUGAAAUCCUAAACUCUCCUGAGAGAGCUUGCCACCUGGCUAAACAAGCAUUUGAUGAGGCAAUUGCAGAACUUGAUAGCCUUAACGAAGAAUCCUACAAGGACAGCACCCUUAUUAUGCAGCUUCUUAGGGAUAAUCUCACCUUGUGGACCUCAGAUCUGCCAGAUGAGGGUGGGGAACAAUCUAAAGGUGAUGAACUUCAAGCCGAGAGUUGAUUGGUGUAAAACAAGAGCAAUCUUUUAGGACUGGCUUUGGAGAGCCUGCCAGAGGGCGACCUUUGUUGUAGUGGUCGGAUGGAUUUGUGACCUGGUUUUUAGUAAUAGGAUGGGUUUGUGACCAGUUGCCUGUAUUUAUUUGUUUAGCAAUGUUUCCUCAGUACCAGUAUCCCUGUUUUCUCUUGUUCCGGACAUAAUUGAAUCAGCUACUAUUAUAAUCAUCAUCUGUUUCUGUUAUGCCAUUGAUUUUUUCUUUU